AUGGGUCGCAGCUUUGAAACGCAGCGCCUCGUGCCCUACGAGCAACAACAAGCGCGAAUUCAUAACGGAUACGAAGGCAGAUUUGAUGGUCGUGGGUCCGCCGUCGAAACCUUUUUCUUUCUAGGCAAUAACUCGACGGGCUACGGCUCUACGCGCAGUCGCACUGUGAAGGACUUUCCCAGUAAUACAGCACUGUCCUGGUCACCAUCGGCUGUAAUCUCUGUGUCAUCAUCGACAUCGAAUAAGCUCUCAAAUUGGCAGACAUUUUAUCAUUUGCUGUCAUUUAUUUCAGGCACAGGAAUGUUGUGUCUACCAUUAGCGCUUGUAGAGAUUAACUGGUACGGUGUGCUGCUUCUGGUUGCAGCGGCGAUGGUGAGUGCGUACACUUCAAAGCUACUAGUAGACGCACUAGAAGCUCUGCACUGGCUAAGAGGCACAAGUGUCUCGUACAGUGACCUUGGACAGGAGUGUUUCGGUACAGCUGGUAAGCUGUUUACAAGUGUGCUCGUGCACGUCUCUUUUCUGAUUUUGUCAACUGGGUACUUGGUGCUGGCAUCAUCGUGUCUUGCGGAUGUGCUUGGACUUCAGUUUGGCACGGUUAUGGUAUUAGUGGCUGCUUGCGUGUGGCUUCACGUACUCAUACCUUCGCUCAAAAUGCUAGCAGUGCUUUCAGCUGUGAAUGUGGCCUUCAGUUUUUGGAUCGAGUCGGUUAUUCUAGGUGACGCUAUGUAUCCUCUGAAGCAAAUUGCAUUGGAGCAUUUCCAUUUUGUGUUUGUGACGCCGGAUCUUUCCAAUGUGACAAUGAUAGGAAAAUUAUCAUACACGUUUUCGCUUCUUCUCGGUGGACUCUUUGGUCAUUCAAUCAUACCUACAUUGUACAACGCCAUGGCGGAUCCAAGUCAGUGCAGCUUAGUGGUUGCCCGCACAAAAUUGGGGACUACAGUGCUGUUAUAUUUGCCAAUUUGCUGUGUUACUUAUGCUGUGUACGGUGCAACACUAGAAGCUCCCGUAUUCUUCAAUAUGCGCAACGUCGUUGUGCGCAACCUGGCAAUCGUGCUAUACAGUAUUCACCUUUUAUUGUCGUACACAGUCACGUUAUUUCCUCUCCAGCGUGCAUUCGAGCAAUGGAUUCUGCAGACUCCAAAUGGGAUUGGCCACAAUAGUCCGAUGGAAGCUGUUCCUGCAACAGGAGCACUUCCAUUCGUCACCUUCGGUCCCAAGCGAGAAGGUGAGGAAGAAGGAAGAUGUGGUGGUGUGGUAACCAUUGCGCGCGUGCUCUGCCGAAGCAUUUUAGUGCUAACUACUCUCCUUUUUGGCUACUUUACUGCACCCAACACGCUGGAUAUCUUUGCCUGGAUGCUCGUACCAACGGCACUGUUGGCGCUCGUUCUUCCAUGUGUUUUUUACUGGCAAUUAUGUCGAGAAGAUGCCACUCGCCUGGACCGCAUUGCCUCCAUUCUUAUUAGCGCGAUAGCAAUUAUUACUGCCUGUUGGAGUCUCGCUGUAAUUGUCGAGUGUUAA